CCCGCGGAGCGGCGGAGGUGCGGUGGCCCAUCCCGGCCGGUCCCUGCGCGGGAAGCGCUAGCGCAGGGCUUGCUCGCAGCCCUCUGCGCUCCCGCCGCUGAGUUAACCUGCCCCGGAGCUGAGACGACCUGAGAUCGGUCGUCGGAUUGAGUGCCCUUCUGGGAGGGGACUUGGUCCUCGUGGCCGCCAGGUGUUGUCCUUUGUAUACACCUACCCACUCCGAGCUUCAGUUUUCCUAGUGGGAAAUCGCUUUCCUCAUCAGGUUAGCCAGGAGUUUUCUGCCGCUCGUGUGCCCUCCCCCCAACACCUGUUUUAUCCCCGUCCCAGGAGUGUUAUACUUAACUAUGAACUUCUCUACUAGAUGAUUCAUCCUGAGACGAGCCUCAGUUCCAAAUAGACAAGUUUAGUGUCAUUGACAACUUCCUGUAUAUUGAAGGCACAAGUCAGUGCUUGAUUUUUUCACUAAUGGAUGCCCAGUGCCUAGAUCACGUUGGUGCUUCAGAAACGCUAUGUAAGAGGAAACGGAGAUUGGGGCUGUAGCAGAAGUAGCCCGAAGGGACCCUUUGCAGGUGUGGACGUAGAGAGCACGGGCCCGGGAAGCAGCCAUGCCUGCGGAAGGAGGGAAGACGGACAUGGAGAGGAUCGGCCUCUUCAGUGAGAUGAGCUAUGUCACCGUCGGCGACAAAUACGAGUCUCCAUUUAAUCGACCCUUCAAUGAAGCUGCCAGCAGGAAAAGGCAGAUGCUGCCCGGGGGGUCGAAAGUAAUGUCCAGUCUCCAGGCUGGCUAUUUUGAUCCCCAUUUUGUGAGGGUUUUUGAGGGUGAAGGCUACGUCAGUCUGAAUCAAGUGCGGAGACGGAACAUGAUGGAAGAAGCCAAAAAAAAUCUAGGCAAAGCCUUCCUGCCUAGUAACGGAGAUAAGAAACCAUGUGGCGUGGGGAGCUACUACGGAACCAUAGGGGGUCCGGUCCCCUUCUUCAGCGCGCAGGCCAGGCCCAGAGAGAAGUACGAGGUGCCCGGGAAGAAUCUAUACACAAACCCGGGGAAGAAAGGCACCGGAUAUGGCUAUGCCAAUGUCACGAUAGGGAAACAGCCCUCACACUCGGCUGAUUUCUACGAUGCAGCAAAACAAAAUUUUAAGAAACAGAAUGAAGAGCAUCAUCAUCUACUUAAAGGGGCGCCUUUCAAGCUGAAUCUUUACCCGAGAGAAUAUUUUGAUACCAAUCCUUACUUUUUGGAGAAGCCUCUGCCACCGAUUAAGAAGGCAGAGACGAAAGCAGCACCCGGGGGCCCUUUUAAACCCCCUUCUCCUGGUAAAAAGGCUGGUGGAAUGAAGGCAGGCACAUUUGACCCUUACCCUUCACAUUCUGCUGACCCUUACGCGGCUAAGCUGACAAAGCAGACUUUGGGCCAAGGCGCUAAGAUUUUCCACCCACCGGGUGGACCAAAGAGCAGGCCGAUUCAAAGCAUAAUGACUUUGAAUGUCAAAAAGGCACUAAAUAUGAAGAACUACAAGACUGCUUCAGUUCAGUCCUAUUAGCAUCUGGAAGACAAAGAGCUUUCUAGAUCCUGACUACCAGUAACUCUUUAUCAAGUGCUAACUAUUUGGAAAAAAUAUAAGAUGUUGCGGGACAGAGAGCUCAAGCAUUUAUGACAAAUUUAAUCCUCCUACUCGAAUACUCUUCUUUUAGUACUACUGAAUAAAUAGU